AUGCCCCGGGCCCCUCGAUCGGGCCGCCUGUCAUCGCUGCUCCUGAUGGCCGGCCUGGCGUUCGCCGCCACUUUUACCUCCGUCACCAGCUCAUCGUCACCGCUCUCCAAACACGACGACGACGCCUCCUCCGUUGUCGUUGACGGUGUUGACGUUAUUCGCGUUGGCGCUCCUCCAACGUGGCCACUCUCAUCAUCUUCUAAUUCUAAUUAUUGCAGCAGUUCAGCCGUCGACGACACGACUGUGUGUCCGCCGCCCUGUCAGACCUCAGACAGAUCUAAACAGUGCCUUCAUUAUUUGCAAGAUUCGCACAAAGAGGAAGUCUGCGGAGGAGACGUGCCGCCCCAGCGCAGGCGUGACGUGCUGCACCGACUCCGGAUGCCCCACUGCUGUGAACACGCUGUCGACAAGGCGCUCCCCGAGGCCGCUUUCCACGGGGACUCCAACACCUGCCAUCGACUUCUUACAACACUCAUUGAGCUCGAUAACUUUGCCAGGAUUCUAUCCUGCAAUCACGCUGACCUGCUCACUCGCUAUGAUUGUUCACAGAAUUAUUCCAUCGUUCACAACUGCAAAGACUGCAAGACCUAUUUGGAAGAAAGUAGGAGAAAGGAAACCCAGCCUUCAAGAAAAAUAAAGAAAAAGAAAGUUAAUGUUCCUACUGGAAGAGGUGUAGAGUGUAUUGAAGAAGAAGUGAUGAAACAUGACCAACUUGCUAUUGCUAUGACUUCUAAAUCCAUCCAAAACCGACACUUAAGGGACAAUAAUUGUGACUCAACUGAUGAAGAUGAUUCAAAUUAUUCAUUACGAGACUUAGACACUGACCUUAUUCUCAGUGAUAUAACAAAUGAAGAUAAGUUUGAUGUAAUACCAGUAAGUAAUGUGCAAGAAUGUGCAACAUCAACUAUACUUUGGGUACCAAAGCCUAUACAUCCCAUAACAAUUGAUAAAACUGGAAAGGAUAUGUUUGUCAUCGGGUAUGCAGGAUUGAUUGGUAAAAUUUGGGUUGCUUUAGGUUUGACUAACUUGAAACUACUUGUGAUGAAUCCGCCAACAUAA